AUGAAUUUAAUGACCAGUCCCAGCUACCAUCAAGUGUCUCCGCUUGCUCGGUCGCGAACUGAAUACCGUGGUGCGACAUCGAUGCGACGAUCGCUUUCUUUUAGUGGAGGCGGUUUUACGAUGCCGCAGUAUGGUUAUGGUGGUGGUUAUAUGUCACGAUCAUUGUCGCGAAGCGGUUCAACUUUAUUUGGUCGAUCUUUACAAAGCUCUGUGCUUACUCGGACACCGCCCUUACAUAAUGUUGCUUUACAACGGAGUACUCCGCACUACACCGACAAAUAUCCUUAUGUCCGAUAUUCUUACAGUAAUAUGGAAACUGGGCUCGGAAUACUCGCACAAAGUGAUUCGAUUUCAAGCAAUCACUAUAGUGUGCGAGAUAUGGGUACUAAACGUUGGUUGGAAGGCAGGCUAAAUACUUAUAAUACAGGAUUAUUCAAAACUCCAAACUAUAAUGCACGUGUUGAGCGGUAUAUCGCACCGACUCGGAACUAUGUCAGGUAUAUGCCUGUUGAAGAUGCUAUGGAUAUGUACAAGAAACGAUGUAUGACUGUUGGGACGCUUUCUAAGUAUUGGCUAAGCCCAACAACUUGGCAGUCACGUCGAGAGAAAGAGAUCAAUCUUGGUUCCGCUUCAGCGCGUGGAGAUUUUUCAUACGCUUCCAGAUAUUCCGGCUAUCCAAACUAUAAAACAUUCUCCAGGCGUUUACAAAGUUAUUAA